AUGGAGAUUCAGACUAUUCCAGGUCCAAGACCAGGAAGCAAGCAAAGGUUUGAUCGUAUUUAUGUCUGCUUUGAAGCACAGCGAGUGGCUUGGAAGACACAUUGCAGACCUAUCAUAGGACUAGAUGGUGCAUUCCUUAAAUGGGAUAUUAAAGGACAGUUGAUAGCUGCAGUUGGCAGAGAUGGAGAUAACAGAAUUGUUCCAAUAGCAUGGGCAGUAGUCGAGAUAGAAAACGACACUAAUUGGGAAUGGUUUGUUAACCACCUUAAACAAGAUUUAGGUCUUCUUGAUGGCAGAGACAUAACAAUCAUAUCAGAUAAACAUAGGAGUUUGGUGAGAGCUGUUCACAUUGAACUUCCAGAAGCAGAACAUCGUAUGUGUGCUAGACACAUUCUAGGAAAUUGGAAGAGAGAGACGCAUGAUAUAGAGUUAGAGCGUCUCUUUUGGAAAAUCCCACGCAGCUACACCAAUGGAGAUUACCUUGAUAAUCUGAAAGCUUUGGAGAAUUACAACAAAGUUGCAUAUGAUUCUCUACUAAGGACCAAUCCUCCAACAUGGUCUCGAGCAUUCUUUAAGGUUGGUUCAUGCUGCAAUGAUAAUUUGAAUAAUCUGAAUGAAUCUUUCAAUAGAACCAUUCGUGAAGCAAGGAGAAAACCACUACUUGACUUGUUAGAAGAUAUUAGGAGACAAUGUAUGGUUCCAACUGCACGGAGGUUUAUUAUGGCUAAUAGGUUGAGGACCAGAUUCACUAAGAGUGCACAUGCUGAGAUUGAAUUGUCUAUAGACAAGUCUCGAGACUGCAAAAGAUACAUGUCUACGAAUGAUGUGCAUGAGGUAGACUAUCAUGGAUGUGGAUACCGUGUUGAUAUGAACAAGAAAACAUGUGGAUGUGGGAAGUGGGAGUUGGUCGGCAUUCCAUGUAUUCAUGCUGCUUUUGUGAUCAUAACAAAAAAGCAGAAGGUUGAUGAUUAUGUUUCAGAAUAUUUUACCACAUUAAAGUGGCGUCAGACUUAUGCGAAGAAUAUUGAACCAGUGGAAGAUUAG